AUGUGGUACCACAAACAGAAGGCACGACCAGCGUCUUGGGCCUCCUUUCACUCGUCGUCACCCGCGUCCCUGAGUGAAUCCAACCUUUUUCACUACCAGCAACAGCAGCGGCUGAAGCAGAACCUCCAGGAGGAGGAGGAAGAUGAGCAUGAACAUAGUGCUAUCAACGAAGCCAAGAACAAGAACAAGAACCCUACAUCGGCCAUCGCACACAAUGGUGGCUCUAUUGUCCAGCAGCCCGUGCACGGCGGCGACAACAAUACCGCAGGCAGCUCGUCCGGCGGCAAUACCACUGCUGCCGUGUCGCCAGCGUCGACAUUUACUGCACCACUACAAGAAGCAUGGCCGGGGCCUGUCUUAGAGGACGUCGGUAGCGGCAAGGAGAAGGAGAAGGAGGCCAAUUUGCCUCCCUUUCAACCUGCCAGCACCAACACCGACCCCAACCUCAACCUCAACGGCAACCCUACCAACGUAAACGUCAACGUCAAUAUCAACGGCAAUGGCAACGACACUAGCACCAACACGAAGGCAGGUGGCACCAACUCUGCCAAUGGCAACGCUGCCAUAGUACUUGGCGAGUCCGAAGAGACGACGGUUUCUGCCGAAAAGGCCACCGCCACCGUGUUCAGCAAGCUGUCUGCCCUCGUCGUGUCGUUCUUCGUGACCACCAAGAUGGUGCUGUUUCACAGCUGGCUCAACGUCUUCCUGGUCUUUGUCCCCGCCGGUAUCAUUGUCGGCGCCAUCCCUGGCCUGCCCCCCGCCGUCGUCUUCUCGGUCAACGCAAUCGCCAUCAUCCCGCUGGCCGGCCUCCUGGGCUUUGCCACCGAGACCGUUGCCCACGACAUGGGUGAUUCCAUUGGCGCUCUGCUCAACGUCACCUUUGGCAACGCUGAUGAAAUUCGUAUUGUGCAAGCCUCGCUCCUGGGCUCCAUUCUGGCCAACCUCCUUUUGAUCCUAGGCAUGAGCUUCCUCCUCGGCGGCCUUCGAUUCCGUGAACAGAUCUACAACAGCACAGUCACACAGAUGAGCGCGUGCCUCUUGAGUCUUAGUGUCAUCAGCCUCGUCCUGCCGACCGCUUUCCAUGCAUCUUUCAAAAGCUCUACCUUGGCCGAUUCCGAGUCCCUCAAGAUCAGCCGUGGCACCAGUGUACUCAAAUCCCAUACGUAUAUGUACGAGUCGACGCCGCAGCACAUCAUCGAUGAGGAAUCUACACCUGGUCCGGCCGCUGGCUGGUUAGACUCAUCGAGCUCGGAUGACGGCUCCUCCUCCUCGUCCGAUUCGGACACGUCUGGUCACUCCCGCGACACCAUGAAGCAGCGCAUGCGCCGUGUCAUUCGCGGUGGUCGUCGCCGCAAGUCCAGCGUCGCUUCGUUGGACACAGCCGAUAGCCUCUUUGCUGGUACUACGCGGGCGCCCUCAUUCAGUACUCAGGCCGCUGGUGGUAACGAUGAGUCCAUGCCUUCGGAGGAGGCCUCGGCCAGGCCGUCCUUUCUCUCUCGCAGCACGACUUCCGAUCUGAAUGAAGAGGCCAUUAUCGAGGACGACACUGUAUCACGCCGCCAUAAAAGUCGCCACCACAAGCGAUCUCUCCGCCGCUACCGCAGAAACCGCAGAAGACAUGAUCAAGAUGCUGCCACAGACGAUGUUAUUCUUGAGUCCGUCGAGAACACUUCCCCGGCUCUCUCGGGCGUAGCUUCGCCGUCUGUCAGCAGCGGCAGAAUUGCAUCUGUCCUCUUUACCGAACCCACCAAGAGUCCCUUCGGAAAGACUCCUGACCCUGCUGUGUACCGUCCUGGUGAGCCUCGCCGCGUGGACUUUGCCAUCGCAGACCCCAAUCUCAACGGGUCCAACAAUGUUGACGAAUUCGGAAACCCGACUGGUGCUGCUGCCGACUUGGCUUCGGCCCGGCGUGCCUUCAAUUUGCGUGCCAUGUCAUCCCUACGCCCUGUUGCCAAGAGUCUCGCCCCUACUGUCUUCACGCAACCCGUCGGCCCCCAGUUGGAGACUGCUCCUGUUGGGCCCAUUCCUCGCAUUCGCUACGGCAUUCACCGCACCAACUCGCUUCCCGAUCGUCUAAACCACCAGUACCAGUUCCGUCCUCCCGGUGCCAUGCUCCCGUCGCAGAUUCCUGUGAACAGCUACCGUCUCAAACCCCCGGUUACGCUGAAUGGUAGUAGUGAUGAAGAUCGUGUAUUUAUGUCGCGCAAGGCGGCCAUCCUGCUGCUACUUAUCACGACGGGUCUUGUGGCAGCGUGUGCCGAGUUCAUGGUGGCGUCCAUCAACGGUCUUGUGAAAACCAGUUCCGUCGGCGAGGUCUUCAUCGGUCUCAUCAUUCUACCCAUUGUCGGCAACGCGGCCGAGCAUGUCACAGCCGUCAUGGUCGCCAUGAAGAACAAGAUGGAUCUGGCCAUUGGUGUGGCGGUUGGUAGCUCCAUCCAGAUUGCCCUUUUCAUGACUCCACUCGUUGUCAUUCUGGGCUGGAUCAUUGGCCGCGACAUGACACUCUACUUUACACUCUUUGAGACGGUGUGCCUUUUCGUCUCGGCCUUUAUCGUCAACUUUUUGGUGCUCGACGGCCGCAGCAACUACCUCGAGGGUGCCUUGUUGUGCUCGACGUACAUCAUCAUUAGCGUCGUCGCCUUCUUUUAUCCCAAACCCGAGGAUGCCAGCUCGUGGGGUUAA